GGCACGUAAACUUUUGAGAUUUUAUCCUUUGGCUCACACCCUGGAUCUUUGUGCCUAUCUUCUGAAGCUGCAGCUAUUAGAAGCUCUCUACAACAUGCAGCCGUGCUUGAUCAUUCUCUCCAAGAUUUUUUACUGGCAUACAAAAACUGUCAAACAUAAGCUGAUCAAAAGGAUAAAGGAAAGAACGCGAAUUCCCUUUAGUGUACCGUAUGACUUUUGACAAACACGCCAAUUAAUUCUGACUGGUUUCCUUGUAGACUUGAAAAAAAUUGCAGAUGAAUGGUUGUUGCUGAUAUGCUGUACUCUUUGUAUCUCUCUAUUUUUCUAUGGACGGUAGGUGUUUCAGCAUUUGUUUGACAAUUUUGGGUUUUUUCUAAUUUCUUAAUGGUAGUUUUGAACCUCUUUCACUUUCAUAAGAUAUGCAUAAUAAAGUCAUACGAAUAGAGAUCAAGGUUCAAUUCAUUUGGAAAAAACAUCAGAGGUAGACCUUAAUAUAUGAAUUGACAUUAAAACUGAAUCAACAAAGAAUGCCAUUUAUUUUUUUAACCCGUCUAAGAUUAAGUUCAAACAAGUCCGGCCUAGCGGCCUACGGCCUUGCUGCUUCGAAGUUGAACGCGUAACAAAAUUUCCUAUGCUUCUUUGCUCCUCGCAAUCGGGAAAAUGGGGGACGGCGAGACGCAGCAAUUCAGAGGCUAAAACGAAGCUGCUGGUGCGUCACUGCUCGGGCCGUGGCAUAUCCUUCGGAACCCUAACCUUACCUAAAACUCGAGUUUCGAGAUGGGUUUCAAAUCCGCAAAUAUACCCACUAAUUCCCUUUACGAGGCAAGUUUUCAACCAAACCUUAUACGCCACGUGGAUUAUACUGUCCCUAUCAUCCAUGUCAGACCUAGGCAUCAUCCCAAAAUCUCUCCCUAUCCUGCUACUAUUACUUCUGCUACUGCUAGUGGUAUACUUCUACCGUGUCACUUCUUCUGAUUGGAUUUUUGUGGAGUGAAGUGUACGGAAAAUGGACGGAGCAACGCAGUACAACCUUAGAACAGUAGAGGAGGUCUUUAGGGAUUUCAAAGGCCGUCGUGCCGCCAUGAUCAAAGCCUUAACCACGGAUGUUUUAGAAUUUCGUGAACAGUGCGAUCCUGAGAAGGAGAAUCUUUGCUUGUAUGGAUUUCCUAAUGAGCAGUGGGAAGUUAACUUACCUGCUGAGGAAGUGCCUCCAGAGCUCCCUGAGCCUGCAUUAGGUAUUAACUUUGCCAGAGAUGGGAUGCAAGAAAAGGACUGGUUGUCACUUGUUGCUGUUCACAGCGAUGCAUGGUUACUAGCAGUGGCUUUCUAUUUUGGUUCUAGGUUUGGUUUUGAUAAAGCUGACAGGAAACGUCUCUUCACUAUGAUAAAUGAUCUCCCUACAAUAUUUGAAAUUGUCACUGGAAGUGCCAGGAAGCAGGCAAAGGAGAAGUCGUCAAAUCAUAGCAGCAACAAAUCAAUGUCAAACGCAAAAGUUAGAGUGUCUGAAUCUGCUAAAUUCUCAAAGAGCAUGCCAGCAAAGGAUGAGGAAGAGGGAUUGGACGAGGAAGAUGAAGAUGAAGAGGAGCAUGGGGAAACCUUGUGUGGUGCAUGUGGAGAGAACUAUGCAUCAGAUGAGUUCUGGAUUUGUUGUGACAUAUGUGAAAAGUGGUUUCAUGGCAAAUGUGUAAAGAUUACCCCUGCCAGAGCUGAGCACAUCAAGCAAUACAAGUGCCCUUCUUGCAGCAACAAGAGAGCACGACCUUGACAUUAAGGAGAUGCUGAGUUUUCACCCCCUGUAAUUCUCCCAUGCUCUUGGCAGCUGACUGUUUAGUUGGUUAGGUUUCUCUUUUCGGGCCAAGUUGGCCAGCGAAUGUAUCAAGUGCUUUUCUCAGUGACUUUCAGUUGGAUAUAUUAGUAUCGGUAGUUUUUCAGUCCUGCACUUGUAUUCUAUUUGAUGCCAGAAUUGGGAUGUAUAGUAUUUCCCUUGUAGGAAAUCUCUUUCCCUGUUGAGUGAAGAUUGUUCUAAUUCAUUCUCAGCUGAUGGGUUAAUCGCUUACUUUUUGUUGGCUAUGUACGGCAUAGAAUGUGUGUAUUCUUACUUUAAUUGAUAGGGUCUGCUUCUAGAUGUUUGACUGAAGUCCAUUAAUCGUUAGUAGUUUCAUACCUCUUUCCACUGUUCUUUUGGGCUUGGCAAAUUUUGAACCUAAAUUUUAUUCUUCCACACAGCGAUUGAUAUAGGAAGAGAACUGAAUCAGGUCAUAAUAGGGAUCCUAACCAACACCGUCUUGAGUCACCUUUUCGAUGGUUUUCCUAAAGGACAAGAAAAUGUUUGUUAAUGGUUGGUAUAAGUCUGAAAUGAAGUACUUCAUCUGUGGUUCGUAUUUCGUAGCCAUGUCUCGCAUGGGGGGUUGUUGGUUUGUCCCAUGAUAUCAUACGACGGCUGAAGAAAAGCUGUCCGUAACAUAUUAGUGGCAUUUUCCACGGGGUCAAUGGUCAAU